UAAUGAUGGAAAAUGGAACAUACAGAUUCCAAAUUCUUAAGAUUGAAGGACUGAAAGUCACACAGCAAACUGCAUACCCAGUGUUUAUCCUCCUUUUCUUACUGUACACUUUUAUAAUGCUUUCCAACCUUGGACUGAUUGCCUUGAUUGCACUGGAGAAAACGCUUCACAAACCCAUGUAUCUGAUCUUCUGCAACCUUCCUCUGAAUGAUGCACUUGGUGCUUCUAUUGUGCUGCCUGCUCUGCUCAAAGACAUGUCUAUUCCUGAAUCUGAGAGGCGUAUCAGCUUCGCUGCGUGUGCAAUUCAAGCUUACACCGUUCACACGUUUAGUACAACUGCACACUCCAUAUUAAUGAUCAUGGCUUUUGACCGGUAUGUGGCCAUUUGCAAUCCUUUAAGAUACAACAGCAUAAUGACCAACAGAAUGGUUGUAAAACUGACUGCAUUAGCAUGGUUGGUAGCCAUUGUCCCAGUCGGGAUUAUGGUGGGUCUCAGUGUCAGGCUGUCACACUGUAUUUCAGCUGUUUCAAAUCCGUUCUGCGACAAUGCCUCUCUUUUUAAGCUUUCUUGUGAGGAUUUGACAGUUAAUAAUAUCUUCGGCCUGUUCUCCUCUGUUGUGUGCUGGAGCUCAUCAAUAGCAUGUGUUGGUCUGACGUAUCUAAAGAUUGCUAUUGUCUGUAUAAGCAGUAGAAACAGUGUUUUAAAGAGUAAGGCUAUGAAAACGUGCAGCACGCAUCUGAGUGUGUAUCUCAUUCUCCUGGGAUGUGGAGUGACUUCAAUAAUUCUGCAUCGUUUCCCUGCUUAUGCAGAGGUAGGAAAAGUGGCUUCUGUCUUGUUUUUAAUUAUUCCCACCACUCUAAACCCUAUUAUAUAUGGGUUUCACACCAAAGAAAUCAGACAGUGGCUUCAGUGGAUCCCCUGGAAAAGGAAAGUCAUUUCAGAACCAUGACUUCACAAAAACUUGUAUCACCAUUUUUACAGUUUUAUAUUCCAUUUUUUUUAUAUAUAUUGCGAAUUUGCCAGUUGCUAAUUACAUUGAGUUAAUAUGUACAACAGAGUGGAUCAAGAGAAAUGCUCCAAAAUUACUUUUCCUAUACAGGGACAAUAUAUAACAUUAUUGUAUUACAUUCACUCUCAGUUGUAAAUAACUGCUCAAAUGUAAAUAUGUCACACACUCAUGUUUAGUAUCUGUUGCAGGUAUGUUUCAAAUCACCCAUCUCUUCAUGCAGGAUGCAGGAUGCCGAGCUGUUUGAUGUAACUUGUGAUUUUCAGGCCAUGGCAAACACAAUUCUAAAACUGUUAAAUUACCACUGUGAAUGUGAAAUACAAUGUGCAACACUUACAGUGUUAAAUUAACCCUGGCAGGUUUGCUGUGUGAGGUUGAGUUUGGAAAAGUGUGGAAGUAUAAAUAAGUCUAAAUAAAUACAUCUUUAUCUCAGGUCUGUUAAAAGCAAUUAAUUUACACAAUUUUUAAAAAAUCUAUAAAAAUAUGAACUUUAUGCUUUUUGUUACUGUUAUUGCAUUGAAAUCCAACAUGUGAUCAAAACAGUAUUACAAAAUAUAUUUUAAUAGUCAAGAACAUAUAAAUAAACUCUAUUAUUAAAGUAAAUAUAUUAGCCAAGUAUAAAUAUUAUUAUGAUCCUGAGCUGUAAGGCGAAUAGCAUUACUGGCAUGUUACAAAAAGAAAAAUACUAUUAUAAAAAUACUAAUACUACUGUGAGUAAAUCUGCAAAAGAAAAAGGUCCCAUAUAUACUUUUCUAAAUGAUCAAAUUACUACCUAAUGUUGCUACUUCAUUCUUUUCUUGAACAGUACUA